AUGCCUGCAUACGCGUCGCUGAAGAGAGGCACGUCUGGGUACGUCGGUGUAGGCUCCAGCGCGCCUGCGGGCUCUGGAACCGACUCUAGGCGUGCUGCACUUCUUAUAUACCUGGGAUACACGGUGAACACGUUCGGGUAUUGCCUCUUUGCGACGGUAGUGUUCGAUUCGUGCACGUGGCUACUGGAUAGAUCGGAAGCUGCAGGGAUAUUUCGGCUGCACGGUACCCAGCGCCACAUCAUUGAGGCCAUUUUGACCGGAGUUGUGUCGUUUGUGUGGACUCGAUUUUUGACGCAACGUUUCGAUGGCGACGUAUUCAGCCACGUUCUCUACUGGCGUUACCGGUUGAUUAACACCUGGGAGAUGCUCUCUCGCUCCCUGGGAGGACUGAGUGCCGGCAUUUUGUUCGGAUUGUUUUACAUGCGACUGUAUUAUCCAGGGGUUGUUGGGUUACAGUCGGCUAGUGUAGGUAGCAAUGGCUUCUCUGUCCCGUCGUUCGCUGACUGCCCCGAUUGCAAAACUUUUUCCGAGAUGAUAGCAGGAAGUUUACCAAAGGCCGCAAAUGGAUUAGGUAUGCUGCGCAAUCUUGCGGUUGCGCACCUUCCAACCACAGUCGCAUCGUUGGACCUGCUGCGCCGCAUCACCACCGCCCUAUGCCGCGUGGCCUGGGCGCUUGAGCAAUUCAUCUUCGAGUUUUGCUUUUGCAUGGCCAUGUAUUUGGUGCUGUCUGUGACGCUGGUAGCUGACCACGUGGUGGACUGCUGUGCGUUGUACAUCGUGUACAAGCGUUUGGUAGCCUUCACCGCCAACACCUACCUGCGUGACAUCGGAGGGACUAUCUGUUUGGACGCAUCCGUCUCCGUACGUCGCUUCGUGGCAGACCGGAACAUCACGCUGCUGUGUUUGCGCCUGCUGGCUAAUUUCGUGGCUGUAUUUGCGGCAGAGUGUUUCUUCAACCCGAUGCAACGCCUGCGGCACUGCGAUUUCGCCGAAAUAUAUGGCAACGUAUCCGACUCAAAAAAACAAGCAAUGCUACCGAAUGGCGGUGCUACUGAGUACGUCACUGCGGAUGUGGUGUCGUAUGCAGAUGUCGGAUUCACGCCGCUCCCCGACACGCACCUUGGGCGCUGGCUAGAAAGGUUCGCGUUGCGCCCCGCCAAGUGCAAAGAACAGUGA